AUGGGAAUUGCAACAGAUCAAACGAAGCAUGCUCUUUCAUAUGUUCAGAUUGAUCGUUAUAAGGAAGUGAAAUGCCAAAGUACAGAGAAUAAACAAGGUAAUCCGCUCGCACGUGGUAUAGUCAAACUUGCUUCCACGGUUUAUCCAUCAGAAGCUACAUACAAUCGUUUAGCUAUUGAAUAUGUGAAGAAAGGUGAUUAUGAUUUAGCCUUGGUGAACUUCGAACGAGUUUUAACGAUUCAAAUACAAUGUUAUGGCGAUGCGCAAAACAUUCACAUAGCCAGUACAUAUCAUAAAUUUGGUCAUGUUUAUGAAAUGAAGAAAGAUUAUGAUAUGGCAAUGCUUUAUAACAAGAUGUCAAUAGAAAUACGAGAAUCACUAAGUACUACAAACAAACAACACCUUGAUUUAGCUGAAAGUUACAAGAGUAUCGCAAAUGUGCAUUAUUAUUACAACGAAUACAAAAUAGCCCUAACAUUUGACGGAAAAGCUCUGAAAAUUUAUUUGGAAACCGUACCAAAAGAUGAUUUCAAUGCUGCAAAAUUGUGUCAUCGUAUAGGUAUCAUAUACGAGGAAUUAAAAGAAUAUGAGACAGCAUUUAAAAAUUAUGAAGAAGCGUUUAAACUAUACAAAAUAAUCUAUUCGUUUAAUUACAGUCAAUAUAGUGGCGUUCACCACAAUUCAUUGGUGAGAGAUAUUAAUCGUCGUCUAUUGCGAAUGCGCCGUGUCGUGAAGAAAGCCGAUGCUGAUUUAGAACAAUUAGACAAAUAUUAUAGAAUGUUUAAUGAAGACCAAGAGAAAGAAUGUAUCAUGUUCAAUGAAGAAGUUUUGUCAUGGCAGAUUAAUGAUAUGAGUAGAUAGUGAGUUGCUCUACAAUCUUUCUGAUUCAAAUAAGUAUUUUGUUACGUAUCAAAUGAUGAUAUCAAAAGAGUUACUGAAUAUAUACAAGAAUUCACAGCAGAGCUGCACUAACGGUUUUGAGGCGUGUAUGUAAGUGUGGGUGUGGGUGGAGAUGUGGUACAAAAAAAAGGUCUGGCAGGCACCGAUCCAUACCCAGCCAUAUAUGUCAAACUUGAAACUUGAAACUUGAAAUUUCAAGUAGAUUCAAGUUUCAAAUUUGACACUAGUGCCAUGCCCAAAGUUCAAGUAAAUUAAAACGUAGUUUCUCUUUAAGUAUCAAUAAACUUCUAUUUUAUUAAUCGAAGAAACUGUUUACACACACU